AUGUGCACCCCGCUGCUGGUGACACUGGUGAUACUGGUGAUGGUGCCUGCAGGGGUCUCUCCCUAUGGCUUCCGCAACUGCAUCCAGGCGCCAUGGGACCCUGGGCUGUUCCGCUGCAUCCAGCGCUUCCUGAGCACCGUGGGGGCUGCAGUGGGUGACCUCCCCUCCACUGCCACAUCCCUCAACCUCUCUCUCAAUAUCUUGCGCCAGGUGCCCCCUGGUGCCUUUGCCCACCUGCCGCAACUAUACACCCUUGAUCUGACCCACAACCAGCUGGAACUCCUGGCCCCAGGGGCUUUCUGGGGGCUGUCAGCACUGGCCCACCUAGACCUGGCCCACAACAACAUGUCAGUGCUGGCCACAGGUGUGUUCUCUGGGCUGGGCAACCUGAGCACACUGCGGCUGGACCACAAUCCGCUACAGAAGGUGGCCCCCAGGGCUUUCCAGCCACUGGCUGCACUCAGCAUGCUCUGGCUGCGGGAUGGCCGGCUCACCGCACUGGAGCCUGUGGCCAUGGCUGUGGGGAAUCUGACGCACCUAGACCUGCUCGACCUGUGUGUCAACAUGCUGUCAACACUGGGCCCAGGGCUGCCGCCCACACUGAGAGUCCUGCACCUCUGCAACAACUCCCUGGGAGCUCUUUCAGGGGCCACCCCUGGGGUGAUGCCCCCAGGGCUGCGUGUGCUCGACCUGUCCUACAACAACAUCUCAGACCCUGCACCACUUGCUCGCCUGUGCCUGAACAACCUGACACACCUGCACCUGGCUGGGAACCCGCUGAACGUGGUGCAGCUGCUGCACGUAGCUGGAAUCUCCCCACGCCAGGUGGACAUGUCAGGGCUACAGGUGGGCACAAGCGGCCUGGAAUACCUGUGCCAGCAGCUGAGAGGACAGCAGCUGCAGAAGCUGCAGCUGCAGCGCAUAGGGCUCACAUCAAUGCCUGAUGGGGCUCUGGCCAAGUGUCCGGUGCUGGGUGCCCUGGAUUUAUCUGGCAACCGGCUGCGGCAACUGGGCUGCAUAGGGAGGCUGCUGAACCAGGCACAGCAUGCAGCACUGCAUGAGCUGGUGGCUGAGCACAACUUGCUGCAGCGGCUGCCAUCGUGCAAUGGGACCCCGGUUCUGCGGCAGCUGCACAAUGUGUCCCUGCGCUUCAACCGCAUCCUAGUGGCUGGUGCGGGUGCUUUUGACAAUGCACCAGCACUGCAGCAGCUGCGGCUGGAUGUGAAUGAGCUGGCACGGCUGGACCGCGCAGCUCUGCGUGGACUCCAUGACCUGCGGCACCUACGCCUUGACAACAACCUGCUCACUGACCUCCUGCCUGGCUCCUUUGCUGACCUGCACCAGCUGGAAGACCUCAACCUGCGCAACAACCGUGUGGCCGUGCUCUUCCCUGGCGCCUUCAAGGGGCUUGACCACCUGCAGACCCUUGACCUGGGCGGGAACAACCUGCGGCACUUGGCAGCCAAGGCAUUCCAGGGCCUCCCGCGGCUUUGCCGGCUUUACCUGGACCGCAACCGACUGCUGGAGGUGAGAGUGGCUGCAUUCCAGCCGGUGCAGGUGACACUGGGUGUGCUGGACCUGCGUGCCAAUGCUCUGCGCUACCUGAGCCGACACCUGCGGCAGCUGCCACCUUUCCGCUACCUGCAUAAACUCUAUGACCUGAAGCUGCAGGCACAGCAGCCAUAUGGGAUGCAUGUAGUCCCACAACGCUUCUUCCAGGGCCUCAGUGCCUUGCGCUCGCUCUACCUGUCACAGAAUUCGCUCUCGGCCAUCCCUGCCGAUGCCUUCGAUGACCUGGCACAGCUGCAGUACCUGACGCUGGCUGACAGCAAUGGUGGGAUGGGCCACCUGCCUGCCGGCAUUUUCAAGAACCUGAGCCGACUGCGCAGCCUGAACCUGGAGAGUGCAGGACUGCGCAGCCUUGGCCCUGAGGUCUUUGGCAACCUGACACAACUGAAGGAGCUGCGCCUGGCCAAGAAUGGGCUGCGUACAUUGGAUGUGACUCUGGCCACCCGCCUCCCCACCCUGCGCUAUCUGGACCUGCGCAAGUGCCCACUGAGUUGCAGCUGUGCCAAUGCCUGGCUGCCUUCCUGGCUGGCACAUGGGCCCGUGCAGGUGGUCUACCUGUAUAACUACACCUGUGGUGAGAUGGGUGGGGCCUCCGCAUACCUGCAUUGCUUUGACACGCGUGUGUGCUACCUGGACAUGGGGCGGUACCUGUUUGCAGGAACAGCACCAGCUGUGCUGCUGCUGCUAGUGCUGCCGCUGCUGCACCACCAUGGGUACUGGCGCUUGCGCUACCAGCUGUUCCUGCUGCGUGCGUGGGCACGUGGGCGCUGGCGGCGGGAGCAGCGGCGCUACACCUAUGACACCUUUGUGUCCUACAACUCCGGGGAUGAGCAGUGGGUGCUGGAGGAGUUGGUGCCUGAGCUGGAGCGCGGAGCCCUGCGGCUCUGCCUGCACCACCGUGACUUUCGCCCCGGCCGCGCCAUAGUGGACAACAUUGUGGACGCUGUGUACAACAGCCGGCGCACGGUGUGUGUGGUGAGUCGCGGGUACCUGCGCAGUGAGUGGUGCUCACUGGAGAUCCAGAUGGCCAGCUAUCGCCUCUUUGAUGAGCUGCGCGAUGUCCUUGUCCUCAUCUUCCUUGAGGACAUCCCUGAGGCCGAGCUCUCGGCCUUCCACCGCAUGCGCCGUGUGCUGCUGCGGCGCACACACCUGCGCUGGCCCUCCGAGCUCCCUGCACGGCCCCUCUUCUGGGCAAAGCUCAGGUGUGCCCUAAGGUACACCUCGCAAGGCAGCGCUGAAAUCACUGCUCAGAGCUGA